GGGCUCGGGCAUGGGCUUGGGCAUGGGAACCCUUACGCCCCACGGAAUGUCUGCCACCUCGCCCACAGCCCACCCAGCGCCGUUGGGAAACAUAUGCAACACGCUGCCACACGCUCCGAGCUCCUCCUCCUCCUCCUCGGCCGGACUGUCGUCGAUGGCCAGCAAUCUGCCGCUCAACCGGAACCUAGUGAUGCUGCGGAAUCACCUGCGCAAGAACACGACGGGAAGCAGCACCGCCGGGAACUGCGGCGGCGGCGGCGGCGGCGGAGUGGGAAGCGGAAUCGGAGUGCAGCUGCUGCAGGACCAGGACGACAGACAGGAGGAUCAAUAACCCAUUUA